AUGGGUAAUCUGAAAGGUGAUCUUGCUUACGACCCUCCAUGUCACCCUCGUGCAUGUGCCAUUCAGGCAUGUUUGACUAAGAAUUCCUACAACGAAGACAAGUGUCAGGCUCAAAUAGACGCAUUGUAUGAGUGUUGCAACGCCUUCUACAAGGAACGCGGCGACGAUGCAAAAACACUUAGUUGUCCAAAAGCCAGCCUACUCAAGGUCAAAAUGAGACAACGGGCGCAGCAGAGUUGA